AUAUUAAGAAGUGCCGUUACAGAUCGAUGAAUUUACAGUAACGUAUACACACCAACAAGAGGAGAGAGAGUAAGUGAAAUAAUAAAUAGAGAGAGAUUAUUGAGAGAUAAAAAGAAGAAGGAGAAACAGGCACUUUUUAGACAGUACUUGGACAGAAGAACGCUUAAAGCCUCCCUCUCAUUCAAUGCUUUACCGAACUCACCAUCCCUUUUUCUUCCCAUUCAACCCUUUUACCACCUCUUCUAUACCCUCUCCUCCUCCUUCUGCUUCAACCACCACCACCAUCUCUCCUCCUAUUCAGGUUGAACAAGGGAUGGAGCAUGUUGAAGGGGCGUUGAAAGGAUGUUUUAGGCCGGACAUGGCGGCGAAAAGGACCCAACAUCAUGCGAUUUUGGACGACUUGUGUGCGGUUAAUGGUCAAAGCGGCGUCUCAGGGGACGAUUUUUUGGUGGAGGACUUCCUUGACUUCUCUAAAGGAGGUAUCGAAGAUGGGUUUUUCCAAGCAGAAGACGAACCAGACCAUGAAGAAGAAACCAAACCCUGUUCUCUCUCUGUUGACAAAGAGCAACAAGCAAUAAACAAAGAGAAGGACUCUGAUCUUUGCAGAAGCAGUUUCUCCGCCAUUGACGAUUUUGGGUCCGUUCCUUGUAGCGAACUCAGCGUUCCUGCGGAUGAUUUGGAGGGCCUGGAAUGGCUGUCUCAUUUUGUGGAUGAUUCCUUCUCGGAGUAUUCCCUCGCCGAAAAAUUGCCGGAGAACCAUGAGGAAAACCGGUCCGAACCGCCGGAAAUUCCGGUGCCAACCAAGGCCUUCUUCACCACUCCGGUUCAGACGAAGGCGAGAAGCAAGCGGGCGAGAACCGGCGGCCGAGUUUGGUCACUGGGGUCUCGUUCCCUGACCGAGUCAUCGUCUUCCAAUUCCUCUUCCUCUUCUACCUCUUCGACCUCGCCUCUCAACAACGCUUGGCUCAUCUACACCAGCCCGGUUCAAACCGCCGAGUCACUCCUCGGCCAACUACCGCCGCCGGCCAAGAGGCAGAAGAGAAAACAGGAAACCGGCGGCGGGUCCCAGCAGCCGCGGCGGUGCAGCCAUUGCCUCGUCCAGAAAACCCCCCAGUGGCGAGCCGGUCCACUCGGUGCCAAAACACUCUGCAACGCCUGCGGGGUCCGAUACAAAUCGGGUCGGCUGUUACCCGAGUACCGCCCCGCUUGCAGCCCGACGUUCUCAAGCGAGGUCCACUCCAACAACCACCGGAAAGUGUUGGAAAUGCGGCGGAAGAAGGAGGUGGAAGACGGAGGAGGGUUCGCUCCGCCGGUCCAAAGUUUUUGAAGACGGGUUUAGUUAGGAAAUAGAUUAGGAAGAGAACCGGAAGAGGUUGAACCCGGUUGGAAUUGAGUCGGUUUAGUUGCGGUUGUAUAUUCGUGGUUGGUGCGCGUUAGGUUUGUAGUCAUGUAACUGAUUAGCGGAGAGAGUGUAGACUUUUAAUGUAACUUACCUAUUUUUAUAAAAAAUUUAUUUAUUAAUGCUUAA